AUGACAGCAAGCAAAGAAGCAGAGUCUAGCAAUGCCUUGGAAUUCUAUAGGAAAGCACUGAACUUCAAUGUCAUCGGCAGGUACGAUCCCAAGAUCAAGCAACUGCUGUUCCACACCCCACACGCCUCGAUAUACAAGUGGGAUUUUGGCAAAGAUGAAUGGAACAAGCUGGAUUACCAGGGUGUGCUUGCCAUAUAUCUACGAGAUUUGACUGCGGGUCCCACAAAGCUCCCAAAGCAGGACAACGAUUCUUCUCAGCAACACUACAGUUCUGGCGAGCCUCUCAGAGGUCCAGAUAUAUAUAACUACGGUUUGAUUGUGUUGAACAGAAUCAAUCCAGAAAAUUUCUCCAUCGGUAUUGUUCCAGACAGUGUGAUAAAACAGAGAAAAACCUCCAAUUCUGCAGAGGACCAGCAAAAUCCGCUGCAUUUGAUGGGAAUAGAGGUCAAGGACGAUUUAAUAAUCAUUAAGAACCUGAAGCAUGAAGUGUAUGGGAUAUGGAUCCACACUGCAGCAGACAGACAAAACAUUUACGAACUUAUCACCUACUUGUUAAAGAACGACCCAAAGGAAUCGUUUGCUUGA